AUGUUCCUCCGAAUCGCAGGUGGCUUACUGACAGCCUGGAUCAUCUCUCACAUCUACAAAAUCACCUAUAACCACUUCUUCCAGCCACUAUCUCGCUUCCCCGGCCCAAAAGCAGUUUCCACAGGCUGGUACAAAGCUUAUCAAGAAAUCUAUCUCGCCCGCAACUGGUUCGAUGUCCUGAAAGAACUCCACGCUUCCUAUGGCGAAAUCGUUCGCGUUGGACCAAACGAAUUACAUUUCUGCUCUCCUACCGCAUACCAUGAAAUCUACAAUAACAUGAAUCGCUGGGAUAAAGACGAAGUACUUUAUACUUCUUUCGGCGAGGACGCGAGCUCGUUUGGGUAUGUAAAGUAUCGGGAUGCGAAAAUGAGGAAAGAUGUUUUGGCUCCGAUGUUUUCGAGACGAGCGAUUUCGGAAUUGCAGGGUGUUGUGAAGGAGAAGAUGGUGAGACUGUGUGGGGCUUUGGAGAGGAAUUGGAAGGAGGGGAAAUCGAGUGAUGUUUUGUUUGCUUUGAGGUGUUUUACGUUGGAUACGAUUGUGGAGUAUUGUUUUGCGAAGGAUGUGGAGAGUACGGAGGUGGAGGACUUUCAGGCUCCGGUUGUGGUGGCUAUGGAUGCUUCUUUGCCUAGCUUCAUCCUGUUCAAGCACUUUUCCCUGCUUCGAAAAACUGUCUUUGGGCUUCCGGGCUGGUUGACGAGAUUGAGUAAUCCGGCACUGGCUGGCUUGGUCGAUUUGCACGAACUGCUCAGUGCCCAGGUCAACGAGGUGGUGCAGAAUCCAGCGUCAUUGCAGAAGAGUCCUCAUCCAACGAUUUAUCAUCGACUCAUGGAUCCAGAACUCAACACAGCAGCAGGCAUCCCUCCACCCAAAAGUCUCUUCGAGGAGGCACUGGCUCUAGUCUUCGGCGCUGUUGACUCCGCCGCGAACACGACUAUGCUGGGGACAUAUCACGUUUUGCAAAAUUCCGAUAUCAAACGACGACUUCUGGAAGAACUCGAGACAGCAUGGAAGUCGACAUUGAACUCCAAAGCUUCCGACGAGUCCAGCAACGAAGACAAACUCUCAUCGAUCCCCUCAAUCGAAACCCUCGAACGCCUCCCAUACCUCACAGCCAUAAUCAAAGAAUCUCUCCGUCUCUCCCCAGGCGUCCCACACCCCCUGUCAAGAGUCACACCAUCGACCGGAGCAACAAUCAGCAACCAACACAUCCCACCAGGAACCGUUAUCGGAAUGUCACAUCUAUUCGUCCACUAUUCUCCCGAAUGCUUCUCUUCACCCGAGACGUUCGACCCAGAGCGCUGGCUUCGACCCGACAGUGCCGCACUAGAAAAAUGGCUAGUGCCAUUCUCUCGUGGACCAAGAGCAUGCCUAGGACUCACGUUGGCCAUGUGCGAAUUGUACUUCGCAUUUGCUCUAUUGUUCUGGGGAUUUGAUCUCCAAUUGGACGGGACGAAAAAAGAGCAUCUUGCGUAUCGAGAGUGCUUUCUGCCUUCGUUUCGGGAGCCACAUAUGCGGGCUUUCUGUAAGCCCGUCGUGAGAUGA